GCCAUGAACUUGGACCAGGUCUCGAAGGACAAGGCUCUGCAGAGCAUGGCUUCCAUGUCUUCCGCACAGAUCGUGUCAGCCAGCGUCCUGCAGAACAAGCUCAGCCCCCCUCCUCCUCUUCCUCAGGCUGUCUUCUCUGCUGCCCCCAGGUUUUGGAGUGGGCCUAUCCCAGGACAGCCUGGACCCUCUCAGGACAUUAAACCGUUUGCACAACCAGCUUACCCCAUCCAGCCACCCAUGCCUCCAUCACUAGCCAGAGUGGGACCACCACAUCCCAUAUUUUGGCCAUCUCAUGAGAAAACCCUCAUGCUGGGAGAUACAGGAGCGUGGGGGGGCAUGGACCGCACCAUCGCCUCCGCCAAGCUCCGGCUCCUCGAGUAUUCCGCCUUCAUGGAGGUGCCGCGGGACGCCGAGACGUACAGCAAACACCUCUUCGUGCACAUCGGCCAGACGAACCCCUCGUACAGUGACCCGCUGCUGGAGGCUGUGGACAUCCGCCAGAUCUAUGACAAGUUCCCUGAGAAGAAAGGUGGCCUCAAGGAGCUCUAUGAGCGUGGGCCCCAGAACUCCUUCUUCCUUGUCAAAUUUUGGGCGGAUCUGAACAGUACAAUCCAGGACGGGCCAGGGACUUUCUACGGUGUCAGCAGUCAGUACAGCAGUGCAGAGAACAUGACCAUCACAGUCUCCACCAAGGUGUGCUCCUUUGGGAAGCAGGUCGUGGAGAAGGUGGAGACGGAGUACGCGCGGCUGGAGAACGGCCGGUUCGUCUACCGCAUCCACCGCUCUCCCAUGUGCGAGUACAUGAUCAACUUCAUCCACAAACUCAAGCACCUCCCGGAGAAGUACAUGAUGAACAGCGUCCUGGAGAAUUUCACCAUCCUGCAG